CUGCUGCUGCUUGAGACGAGAGAGUAGAAAAAAAGGAUCCGAAUCUUUGAAGAAGCGAUGGAGCCCGAAUCUGGAAGCUCCAGUCCUCGAUCCCUUUCUCAGUUGUGGUUGAAUCAGACGGAUGUGAUUCAAUGUUGGAUGCAAUGGAUGGUCGAAAAAGAUAGAAAAGUGUAGGAAAGAAAGGGAGUAAAUUGAAUUGAUUCAAGUAUGGAUAUCAUAACAUCCUUAGUUCCUGAAAUUGGGGCUUUUGUUUCAACAAUCCAGGCCGUUGAUUUGAUGGGUCCCACUGCGCGUGGGUGAUGCCCUGAAAAUCUCCCGAAUUGGAAGCCUUCAUGGAGGAACCACUGCAGGAACUUAAUGUUAGCAUAUCAAAGCUUCGGCGUGGUCUACGGAGACUUGAGCACAUCCCCUCUCUAUGUGUACUCCAGCACAUUUAUCGGGAAGUUGCAACAUCAUCAAAAUGAGGAGGCCAUUUUUGGUGCAUUUUCCUUGAUUUUCUGGACCCUUACAUUGAUUCCCUUAGUCAAGUACGUCUUCAUUGUGUUGAGUGCUGACGAUAAUGGCGAAGGAGGACCAUUUGCUCUUUACUCGCUACUUUGUAGGCAUGCAAAGUUUAGUUUGCUUCCCAAUCAGCAAGCUGCUGAUGAGGAACUCUCAAUGUACAAAUAUGGGCCCUCAGCACAGGCUGCAGUCUCCUCUCCAUUGAAGAGAUUGCUUGAGAAGCAUAAAAAGCUACGGACAGGUCUACUUCUUGUGGUAUUGUUUGGUGCUUGCAUGGUGAUUGGCGAUGGUGUGUUUACUCCAGCAAUUUCAGUUCUUUCAUCAGUUUCGGGACUGCAAGUGACUGAGAGGAAACUAAAAGAGGGUGAGUUGGUGUUGCUUGCCUGUGUCAUCUUGGUUGGCCUCUUCACACUGCAGCAUUACGGCACACACAGGGUAGCAUUUCUUUUUGCACCCAUUGUGAUUAUAUGGUUGAUAUCUAUUUUUGGCAUUGGCCUAUACAACACCAUCCACUGGAAUCCCAAAAUAUGGCGUGCAUUGUCUCCAUAUUACAUCUACAAGUUCUUUAGAGAGACGGGUAAAGAUGGUUGGAUUUCUCUUGGAGGGAUACUCCUCUGCAUAACGGGUACUGAAGCUAUGUUCGCAGAUCUCGGUCACUUCAAUGCCUUGUCAAUAAGGCUUGCCUUCGCUUUUGUUAUUUACCCGUGCCUGGUAGUACAAUACAUGGGGCAGGCUGCUUUUCUGACUAAGAACAUUUCCAAAAUCCCAGUUAGUUUCUACGACUCAAUACCAGCUCCUCUCUUUUGGCCCGUCUUUGUGAUCGCUACCCUCGCUGCCAUUGUGGGGAGUCAAGCAGUCAUCAGUGCUACCUUCUCAAUCAUCAAACAGUGCCAUGCCCUUGGUUGCUUUCCACGAGUCAAGGUGGUCCACACUUCAAGGCAAAUUUAUGGGCAGAUCUACAUCCCUGAGAUAAACUGGAUACUCAUGAUACUAUGCCUUGCUGUAACUGUUGGGUUUCGAGACACUACUAUUAUCGGAAAUGCUUAUGGCAUUGCUUGCAUGACAGUCAUGUUCAUUACGACGUUCAUCAUGAUGCUCAUCAUAAUCUUCGUAUGGCAGAAAAGCAUUCUGCUGGCAGCUAUGUUCCUGAUCAUCUUUGCAUCCAUUGAGGGCGUCUACCUGUCGGCUGCAGUCACGAAAGUGGCCCAGGGAGGGUGGGUGCCCCUCGUCCUCUCAUGCAUAUUCAUGGUCGUCAUGUAUGUCUGGCACUACGGGACCCGCAAGAAAUAUGAGUUUGAUCUGAACAACAAAGUCUCUUUAAGAUGGCUACUCAGCCUCGGACCGAGCCUCCAAAUUGUCCGUGUCCCAGGAAUGGGCCUCAUCUACUCGGAAUUGGCCACUGGGGUGCCACCCAUCUUCAGCCAUUUCAUCACCAACCUCCCCGCGUUCCACACAGUGUUGGUAUUCGUAUGUGUGAAGUCAGUUCCUGUGCCCCACGUCUCUGUCGAAGAGCGCUUCUUGAUUGGGCGGGCUUGCCCAAGGCCCUACAGGAUGUACAGAUGCAUAGUAAGGUAUGGCUACAUGGAUAUCCAGAGGGACAACGGUGACUUUGAGAACCAGCUCAUCCAGAGCAUUGCAGAGUUCAUCCAGAUGGAGGCAGACAACACGCCACAGUUCACGAGCACCGAGAGCUCCCCCGUGGACGGACGGAUGGCGGUGAUAAGCGCGAGAGCCGACAGGCAGAGCACAAGCUUGAUAGUGUCUGAGCUAGAAGACUACAAUCUGAGCCCCACAAUUCGAAGCAGCAGAUCGCCUACCCUGCAGCGCAUAAGCCCUAUGUUUGAGGAUGGGGCCCCACCGAGGAGACGACAGCAGGUGAGGUUCCAGCUGCAGCAGAAUCCGUCUAUGAAUGCAUUGGUGAGGGAAGAGCUGACAGAUUUAAUACAAGCCAAGGAGGCAGGCGUCACUUAUAUAAUGGGCCAUUCAUAUGUGAAGGCCCGGCGAUCAUCAUCAUUCUUGAAGAAGAUGGCGAUCGACUUUGGUUACUCAUUCCUCAGGAAGAACUGCAGAGGGCCUGCUGUGGCCCUCAAUAUCCCUCACAUCAGCCUAAUUGAAGUGGGCAUGAUAUACUACGUGUAGGCUGUCCAGAAAAUAAUAGACUUCCCAUUGACUGAGCGAGUAUUUAAGGUAAGGACCUUGCUCUCUCUUUUUCUGUUACUUACCCAUGUUUUAAGAUGAAUCUGUAUGUAUAUAUAUAGUAUAAAACAUGUCAAUCUGUAUGUAAAUAUCACUUGGAGACCCACUUCAGGAGGUGGGCCUACAAUGGAUAGGCCAUGGACGGUCUUCUAUUUUUGCAGAAA